AUGAAUCUAUUCUUCCAGGGCUUACAUUGGCUCACAAUGGCUGUUCAUCUCAUUGAAGUUUCGUUUAACUUAAGAUUGUUAUUGAGCUGCUUCAAAGACAAGCAGAGGAACAUUUUUCUAGAGAAAUGCAGACCAAUCAUGGUCUUUCAAUGCGUUCUACAACUGACUGUCCUUGCUUUGAACGCCAACAGAACAGGGAAAAUGUUUAACUACUUUGAUGGUAAAUAAAACAAGUAGAACGGAACCAGUGAUGAGCUAAUCUAUUUACUUUGGCCUUUCUUGCUUUACAACAUGUUGGGGAUUAUAACAAUGACGGAUCAUGCCAUAAUCGGCCAUAAUCGUGAGCCAUCUUCCGAAGAAGCAAUUCCAGUGCUGUUAAUUGCUGGAGUUGUUACCUGUGGAAUAAUUUACUGGAUCGAAUUCAUUCCUAUACACAGUUAAUUUGUUUGUGUAUUGUUGUUGGCGUGGAUAAAUUUUUUAAGCGAUGACGAUGGAGCGAUGAAUCUAAGAGAAGUACAGUCGGAGCUCAAUUUAAAACGUGAGGAGUCGACUGUGAUAAACAAAUGGAAGGCGAUCACUUCAUUUUUCUGGUUUCGGUUUCCACAUUCUACAUUAGUACUAUAUGGAUUCAAGAAAGAGAGUUGUAUGAUGAAGAAACCCUUCUAUGGUUUCUGGUAUUCAUUUUAUACAACGUAACUUUAUUUGCAGUGGAAAUUAGUUUAUAUCCAACUUUGGAACAAUUGAUUCUUCAUGGAGGUAAUUUGAGCUCUAGUAAUAUCCAGACAAACUCCCUGCUCAAACAGGCCUUGCUCAACAAAUACAGCUAACAUUUAGAGGACAGGCACUGACUAGUAUAACGCAGAUAGAAUCUGAUCGCAGGAAAUACGGUCCACGAUGAUAGUUCAUGAGCUCUCAAAACCUAUGCCAAAAGUUUUGGAUAAUUCCAGAACUUAACAAUCAAUCAUGUAGAAAUAUUCUGUAAGGCAGUGUAACAUUCAGGCUUAAAUUGCGAUCACGAAUAAAGAUCAAUAAACUGAACCUUAUGCGGCUAGAAAAAAGCCCAUCAGAACCAUAGUCUAUAAUUCACUGUCUUCAUCUUUAUCUCUUCUUCUAAGGUGUUUGUUCAUGCACCAUCUGCAUAAAACAUUUGCUCUGACGAAGGGCUUGCACUCGAAAAUUCAGCUUAGAAACUCUUUAUGGUGGCUGAUUUAUAAUGGUAAUUGAACUGAGUGGAGCACAAUUUGGGCUGGAAUCAUACGCGUGAUUUCAAAUCGAACAGGUGCGCAGCGCGGCGAGUUCGAUUUCUAAUCACAAGUAUGAUUUCAGACCAAAAUUGCACGACACGAGGUUUAAUUACCACUUUAUCACAUCCAUUUUGAAAUCGCCCAAAUACAGGACUUAGUCAGUUCAAAUAUUUUAUUGAUGCAGCACUGAGCCAGUUUAAAAUUAAAUUCAUCCAUUUUGGGGGGGGGGGAAUAAGAGUUUUGGAAACAAAAGUUGCAAAAUUUGCCACAUGAUACUCUUUGUCUUUCAUUUUCCUGCAAUUUGAUUGGUUACUUUAAACAAGCCUUGAAAUCUGAUUGUUUGUUUUGUUUUUAGUGCAGCCUCCUAA